CAACGAUUGCGUUAUCAACCGGCAUGCGAUGAAGGAUAAUACAUUUCGUUUUUUAAGAUACAGGGAUGAGAUAAAGCAAAAGGUUGUUGUGUCAUUCAAAAACAGUUGUCCCGACAAUGAUGAGAGUUUAGACAGCUACUUUGCAGCAGCUGUGGAGAAAUGGACCGAUAGCAGUGCAAGCGAACAGUUCGCUGCUUUUCGAACGAGGGUUGCUCCUUAUAUUUUGAGCUUGAAGUUAAUAAUUUUUCAUCAAGAUUUUCUAUGUCGAGAGCUGAAAGUUCUUUGGGAGCAGCUAAAUGAUAACUGUUUAGCACCUGUUUUAGAUCUGGUAGCGAAUUUGGCAUGUGAUAUUAGAGAAGACUUUUUUAGUCACAUCGAUGAAUUCUUACCUCUUAUUGUCGGUGCAAUUAUAAGGAACGCUAAAGAUGCAGAGUUACUUGGUCACUGUUUCACUUGUGUGACCCAUCUCGUGUACUUCCUACAUCGUCCAAUGCUUAAAAACAUCGAAAAAGUCCUCAAGUUUUUUUUACCGUUGCUUUCUCAUGGCUCGUCCCUUGUCCCACAGUUUACAGCUGAGUGUUUAGCUUUCUUGUUCAGAAAGUUUGAAGACAAACACCGUUUAUUGCGUAUUCUGGAAAACGUGAUUGAAAAUGCUGAGUGUCUUGGAAUCAUUCUAUCAGAAAUGUUGCUGGGCGCUGGCGGAAAAGUCCACACAACUUCUUUGGAGAAUCUCCCUUUUUUAUUCGAUACUUUGUUUGAAUUAAGAUGUGAGGAUAAGAAAACCAAAAACGUUGUCUCCGACGAACAAGAGAAGAAAGAGGAUUUUGCAGCUAUGGACUAUGAUACCAAACAAAUUGGUUUUUUUGUAGACGUUCCAUUUCCAAAGUUUGUAGUGGCUGUUAGUCACUCUUUGUCACAACUAGUGGAAAGAAGUCCUUCAUCUGAACAGAUUGGCUACGUGAUUCAUCAUUUAACCAUAUUGUUCCGUCAUUUGUUGAAUAUCCACAGUGCUCAGUACUUCCGCGAAUAUCUUUUACUACUAACCGGUUUUCUUAUGUCACUGACGAAGUCUGAUUUUAUGCCUUUGUUUGAAGAGGAUAUUGGCAAGAUUCUUACAAUGUUGAUAGACCAUUAUUCGUCACCACAUGUAGUCAACCUGUGCUGUAUUUUCUUGCAUUCUGUGUCGGGAAGAUAUAAUCCAUUUGACUUUAUGAGAUCAGUACGUCUCUUUUGUUUACUUAUCAACAAAAUUUAGGUCAUUCAGAGUAAAACUCAGGACUUGAGUAGCAAAUUCGAAUUCCUAAGGAGUUUGACAGAUUGGCAAUACUUUGACAGAG